AUGUCUUCACCCAGCGCUUCUCCACCUUCCUCACCCGCUUCUACAUCCUCUACUUUGACGGAAGAAAGGUCAACUCGCACGAUGGCGGACGUUAUUAAAAAUUACAAGACGGAAGAACUUAUCGAUUAUUUACGGAGGCAAGAUUUAGAUCUCAAAGAAUCCCAUUUCAAGAUUUUUCGACAGGAAGAAAUCUCUGGUCGUGCAUUCCUCAAUACAACCAAAGAAGAAUUUCGUAGCUAUGGUUUGAAGGGUGGAACUGUAACUGUUCUUGUGGAUUUUAUCGAAGAGAUAACCAACCAAAAACUAAGAAGUUAUUCGUCAUAUAAAACUCUGGACGACUUGAAAGAAAUGCUACGUAAGAAUAAAGUCAAUGGGGAAGAUAUAACUAAUAUCAAGCAGUUCACACCUGUGUUCGAGGAAAUAGACGAUAAUAACAAAGCAUUCAACCACUGUAUGGAUGAUAUAAUCCUAAAAUUAUCAAAC